AUGAGGAGCUUUUGGGCUUUGCCUGCUCUUCUGCGAGUGGCAGUCGCUGCUCAGAACUCGUUCAGCGUGCAGGACGACGUUCUUGCUUUCCCUCAGUUCUCGGUCGACUUCCCAGAAGGCCAUGUUUCUAACCUGCAGGCUCAGGAGAAACUUGACUCUAACCACCCUGCUCGCUCCCACUCGGACACAAAUCCACUCGAAUCCGACAAGCCACAAUACGACUAUGAGGAGCUCGUUCUCGCAGACCAGCAUUACCUGUGCCAAAUACCACGCAUAGUCGAUCAAACCCCCUCGUCACAGCCCAAUGAGACGCUUUCCAAGCAAGACCAUGAGAAAGAGUUGGCUCGCGCAAACACCCGGGGCUGGCAGUUGUUGAAAGGCAUGCAGGGCAACUGCAUCUACUACUGGAGUGGGUGGUGGAGCUACAGAUAUUGCUACGGUCAGGGUGUCAAGCAGUUCCACCAGCUGCCUCCCUCUCAAGGCGUUCCUGCCUACCCUCCAGUCGAAGAUCCCGCUGUUCCCGGUUUCAUGCUUGGCGCUGUCCAAGAACAACCGCCCCAUGAUGGUCAAGAGAAGCUCUCGGACGAGAAGGCUGUCGGCAAGCUCGAGACCCGCGGAGAGAGCAGAUAUCUCGUACAACGUAUCGCCGGCGGUACCCUCUGCGACUUGACGGGCAAGGAGAGACGUAUCGAGGUCCAAUUCCAUUGCAACCCAGCCACUGCCGAUCGCAUAUCGGGCAUCAAAGAGGUCGCGACCUGCGCAUAUCUUAUGAUCAUCCAGACUCCGCGCCUCUGCAACGACGUCGCCUUUCAGCCUCCUCAGAAAGACCGCGCAAACAAGAUCGCCUGCUCGCCUAUUCUCGACCAAGACCAAGUUCCCGAGUACGAAGCUGCCGUUGCCGCUGCUUCCGAUAUCCUUGCCGCCGAUGUUCCCAAUCCUUUGGCCGACUCGCAGCCCAAAGCUCCUAUCACCAUCGGCGGCAUUACCAUUGGUGCUCACAAGUGGGUUCCUGAGGGCAGCAGGAUUGAGAAAUCGGCAAUCCUGGGAGGCGGUAAGGACAAGUACAUCGAGACCAUUGCUGAUAGCUUUGGCAAAGCCAUGUCUGCAGACGAGCUCAAAAGGCUCGGACUCGGUGAUGCAAAGAGUGUCGAGACGCUGAAGAAGGAACUAGAGAAGAUUGCAGGUGGCGGAGGCUGGGAACUCAAAGUCUUCGACACCCCCGAAGGACGCGAGUACAGAGGUGUUUUGUUAGAUGGUGAAGAGCCAGACUCGGCCAAGAAAGAAGCCAUUGAGGGGACCGACACGAAAAAGGCCGAAUCCAAGCCCAGCAAGGACGCCCCGGCCGAUGACGACCAGAAGAAGCCUGAGGGCUCCGAAGAGACAUACAAAGACGAGCUGUGA